AUCACAAAAAUUUAGUUAGCAAAAAAUUUCUGUUUCACAAUUUCCCUCCUCCUCCUCCUCCUCUCUCUGUAAAACCUUCCUUCGUUUCAAUUUUCUCUCUCUACCUAUACACACACACAUAUACAUACACCUUUCCAUUUCUGUAUCUUCUGAAUUCCAGUUGUUGUUACCGGUUUCCUUUUUCGUUUUUUUUUCUGUAUUUUUUCGAAGUGUUUUUUUUGCGUGUGUUAAUGGAGAUGAAAAUGGAGGAAUCGUGUUUGUUUUCGUUGAUUUCGAUAAUUGCUUCUGGAAGAUUCGCCGCUAAAAAUCGAAUAACAGUUGCACGGUUUACGAAGAUGAAACCUAUAAUACAAGGGACGCCUCGAUGUUGUUGUAAGUUUAGGGUUUAUUAAACGAAAUUAUUCUGUUAAGAGUUCGAUUGAAUUUUGUUUACGUUUUGUCUGUAUUGUUGUUACUGUUACUGACUGAAGCUGAAUUUGAAGAAUUUGGUGUGGAAUUUUCGAAAAGGAAUUGGUAAAUUUGUGAUUGUAAGGUGUUGAAUUUGGUACUUUUGGGGAUUUUUUUGUUCGGAAUUUGGAAUUACCGAAUUCUGAAUUCCCUGUUUUAUAAUUCUGGAAAAUUUAUGUGGAGUUUAGUCAAGGUGUUGUGAAGUUGUUGAGUUUGGUACUUUGGGGAAAUUGUUCUUUCGGAAUUACUGAAUUCUGAAUUCACUGUUUGAUAAUUCUGCCAAAUUCCUUGUUCGUUGUUGUAUUACGUGCGAUUCGAGAAAAUUUAGUAGGUAUUGGUGAUUUUUGUGUUUAUGUGGAAAACCUCAAAAAUCUGGUUAGAGAUCUGUUGGCUUUUGUUGUUUGGAGUACUUGAAGAGUUAGUGUGGAAUUUCAUUAAGGUGUUGUGAAUUUCGUGAUUUUGAAGGUGUUGAGUUUGUUAUUUUGGGGAAAUUUUUUGUUCAGAACUACCGAAUUCUGAGUUCUCUGUUAGAUAAUUCUCCGAAAUUCCUCGAUCGAUGUUGUAUUACAUGUGAAAAUUCUCAAAAUUUUAGUCGCAUUUGGUGAUUUCUGCGAGUACAUGGACAAUUUUGAGAAUCUGGUCAGAGAUCUGUUGGCUUUUGUUGUUCGAAGUAUUUGAUUUGAGAGGCUACUGUUUGAAAGAUUUUAAGAGACUUGUGGUUCUCUGAGUUGGAAAGGGAAAAUUGGUCAGUCGACGGAUUGAAUGGCGGGUAGGCAAUUAGAUUUCCCUAAGACGAGUGGUUGUAACUUGAAAGAGCAAUUAGUGAGGAGAACUUUGCAUAAUGUGAGGUCUCAAGGGCACACAUACAUUGAGCUUAGAGAGGAUGGGAAGAGAUUAGUCUUUUUCUGCACGCUAUGUCAUUCUCCGUGUUAUAGUGAUUCUGUGCUGUUUAAUCAUUUGAAAGGCAGUCUCCAUACCGAAAUGGUUGCUGCUGCUAAAGCUACGUUGUUGAAAGCUAAUCCUUGGCCCUUUAAUGACGGUGUACUUUUCUUUGAUGAUCCGGAGGAAGAUAAGCGUUCGCCUAUUGUGAAUGUUGGGCAAAGCAAGGUGGUUGACACUAGUCUUAUAGAUGAAAGUAGCCUUGCUAUUGUUGAAUAUGAUGAAAACUUGAGACGUAAUGAGGAUGAGUACUGCCCGAUGGAUGGUGAGUUUAUUGGUGACGAGGAGAGUGAUAACUUGGUUAUUCCGGGUGUUUUGUGUAAAGAUGAAGUAUCUGAUCUAGAAGUGAAUCAUAUUGGUAUUGGACAAAUUGCUGUGCGGCUUUCCGUACUUGACAUUGACUCGAAAAGAAUUCGUAAAAUAUGGUGUGAAUGGUUAGGAAAGAAGGAUUCUGAUGAUACCGAUGCUUCUAUGGUUCCAGAUCAUGACUUUGCUGUUGUUACGUUUCCUUAUAACUACAAUUUGGGUAGGAAGGCGUUACUUGAUGACAGAUUUUUGCUCCCGUCCAGUCCUUAUUCAGAAUCUGAAGAAACUGGUUGUGCUGGAAAAAGAAAGAGGAAGUCAUUUUCAGACCCGGAGGAUAUCAGUGAGUCUCUUAGUAAUCACUAUGAUUCGUCCGGGGAAGAAUCUCAAUCAACGAAUAGCUCAAAUAUGAAACUGAUAUUGGGCACACGUGAUGAUCAGCUAGUGAAUUCAAGAAUUAUAUCGAGCAAAACUAUGAGGAGAGAGUUGAGGAAACAGCAGCGAGUAGCUUCUGAGAGAAUGUGUGAUAUCUGCCAACAGAAAAUGCUUCCUGGUAAGGAUGUGGCGACUCUUCUGAGCAGGAAAUCUGGAAAAUUCGUGUGCAGCAGUAGAAAUUUGACAGGGGCCUUUCAUGUAUUUCACGUAUCUUGCCUCAUUCAUUGGAUACUUCUAUGUGAAUUGGAAACUUAUGAUAAACCCGUUGUCGAACCAAAAGUGGAAACAAAAGCAAAACGAAGAUCUAAGAGGAAGACUCCAGCCAAACGCAGUGCCAAAGGGAAGAAAGAUGAGAUAAAAGCAGCGAAGAGGAUAUACUCGGUGUUCUGUCCAGAAUGCCAGGGUACUGGUAUAAACAUUGAGGAGGGAGAUGAGCUGGAGAAGCCUACUGUCUCGCUGUCUGAGAUGUUCAGGUACAAAAUUAAACUCAGUGAUGCACGUAAAGCAUGGAUGAAGAAUCCUGAGGUGUUGCACAACUGCUCAACAGGCUUCGAUUUACCCCCUGAGCAUGAUGAUCUUUUCCAGGAAUAUGUUUCACCACUCAAAUUGCUGCACUUUUAUCGCGCUAAUGUUUCGAGCUGAACCUAUAUUUCCGACUAGUCACAUUAACGAGCAUUCUCAACUGUGAAUGAUGCUUUACAACCGUGAUGUGUAGAACUUGCACUUUCCGUUGAUAUUAACCUUUUGUAAAUGGCUGUCUCUGAUGAAACUAUUAGUUGCUAAAGUAGUGUGUACAGACUUUAGAGAUGAAUAUGUAAUAUGAGUAGACAUGAUUUUUCGAUCUGGACAUACUUUUGCUAAAGAUGCAUAUAACAUUGCUUCCCA